AUUUUAUUUAACUCACUCAUGUCCUGCAAGUGGUGGAAUACUGGCCACGCCCGCCAUGUGAUGUGGGAGUUGAGUGCAGACCAUGAAGGCAGCAUUAAUGUGUCACAUGACAGGCCAGCCUCUCCGACUGAUCUGAUACACAUCUAAUAAUCAUGCCGACCACACAGCAGUCUCCCCAGGACGAACAGGAGAAGCUUCUUGAUGAAGCUGUGCAGGCCGUUAAGGUCCAGUCGUUCCAGAUGAAGCGAUGCCUGAGAUAUGUAGGACAAGACAAGCUUAUGGAUGCUUUGAAGCACGCCUCUAACAUGCUGGGGGAGCUGAGGACCUCCAUGCUUUCUCCAAAGAGCUACUAUGAGCUCUAUAUGGCUAUCUCUGAUGAACUCCACUACCUAGAAGUUUAUCUGACUGAUGAGUUUGCCAAAGGACGCAAGGUGGCAGAUCUCUAUGAGCUGGUCCAGUACGCAGGCAACAUCAUCCCCAGACUCUAUCUGCUAAUCACAGUGGGUGUGGUGUACGUUCGAUCCUUCCCCCAGUCUCGUAAGGACAUUCUGAAGGACCUGGUCGAGAUGUGUCGUGGUGUCCAGCACCCACUCAGGGGCCUCUUCCUCAGAAAUUACCUGCUGCAGUGCACCCGCAACAUACUGCCAGAUGAUGGAGAGCAGCCAGAGGGAACAGAGGAUAUGACCGGUGAUAUCAAUGACUCCAUCGACUUUGUCCUUCUGAACUUUGCCGAGAUGAACAAGUUAUGGGUUCGAAUGCAGCAUCAGGGACACAGCCGAGACCGAGAGAAGAGAGAAAAGGAACGACAAGAACUCAGGAUUCUGGUGGGCACCAACCUUGUUCGCCUCAGCCAGCUGGAGGGUGUCAACGUGGACAAGUACAAGCAGAUUGUUCUCUCUGGAGUGCUGGAGCAGGUUGUGAACUGCAGAGACUCGUUGGCUCAGGAGUAUUUGAUGGAGUGCAUCAUUCAGGUUUUCCCAGACGAGUUCCACCUUCAGACCCUCAACCCUUUCCUACGUUCCUGUGCUGAGCUCCAUCAACAUGUCAAUGUCAAGAACAUCAUCAUUGCCCUCAUUGACAGGCUCGCUCUGUUUGCUCAUCGAGAAGAUGGCCCUGGCAUUCCAACUGAGAUCAAACUGUUUGACAUCUUCUCUCAGCAAGUGGCCACCGUCAUUCAAUCUCGCCAGGACAUGCCCUCAGAGGACGUGGUCUCUCUCCAGGUCUCUCUCAUCAACUUGGCCAUGAAAUGCUACCCUGACCGCGUUGACUACGUAGAUAAGGUCCUGGAGAGCACUGUGGAGAUAUUCAACAAGCUCAACUUGGAACACAUAGCGACCAGCAGCGCAGUGUCAAAGGAACUCACCCGACUGUUGAAGAUCCCAGUGGACACCUACAACAACAUCCUGACUGUGCUGCAGCUUAAGCACUUCCCUCCACUCUUCGAGUACUUCGACUACGAGUCGCGCAAGAGCACAAGUUGCUAUGUGCUGAGCAACACCCUGGACUACAACACUACCAUUCUGGCACAGGAACAGGUGGACUCCAUCUUGACCUUGGUAUCCACACUGAUCCAGGACCAGCCAGACCAGCCAGCUGAUGACCCUGACCCGGAGGACUUUGCUGAGGAGCAGAGCCUUGUGGGUCGUUUCAUCCAUCUGCUCCACUCUGAAGAUCCUGAUCAACAGUAUCUCAUUCUGAACACAGCCCGGAAACACUUUGGUGCGGGUGGAAAUCUAAGGAUCCGAUACACACUCCCUCCUCUGGUGUUCGCUGCCUACCAGCUGGCCUUCAGAUACAAAGAAAACUCCUCAUCGGAUGACAAGUGGGAAAAGAAAUGUCAGAAGAUCUUUUCCUUCGCCCACCAGACCAUCAGUGCUCUUAUCAAGGCCGAGCUUGCUGAGCUGCCUCUUCGACUCUUCCUGCAGGGAGCGCUGGCUGCAGGCGAGAUUGGCUUUGAGAACCACGAGACUGUAGCUUAUGAGUUCAUGUCACAGGCCUUCUCUCUGUACGAGGAUGAGAUCAGUGACUCUAAAGCCCAGUUGGCAGCCAUCACACUGAUCAUUGGAACCUUUGAGCGAAUGCGAUGUUUCAGCGAGGAAAACCACGAGCCGCUGAGGACUCAGUGUGCGCUGGCUGCCUCCAAGCUGCUGAAGAAGCCCGACCAGUGCCGAGCCGUCAGUAUCUGCGCACAUCUCUUCUGGUCAGGUCACAGCACUGACAAAAAUGGUGAAGAGAUCCGCGAUGGUAAGCGGGUGAUGGAGUGUCUAAAGAAAGCCCUGAAGAUUGCCAACCAGUGUAUGGACCCAUCGCUGCAAGUCCAGCUUUUCAUUGAAAUCCUCAACAGAUACGUCUGCUUCUAUGAGAGGGAAAACGAUGCGGUGACUGUCCAGGUGUUAAACCAGCUUAUUCAGAAGAUCAGGGAAGAUCUUCCCAACCUGGAGGCCAGUGAGGAAACGGAGCAGAUCAACAAACACUUCCACAACACACUGGAGCAUCUUCGCCUGCAGAGAGAAUCCCCCGAGUCCGAGGGUCCCGCCUAUGAGGGCCUGGUCCUUUAAAACUAGAUGUGUCACUAUAUUAUAAAUAUAAAAUGGCACACACUCACAAGAACACAUACAAUCUCAACCUGUAGGUUGGGAAUAAAAAUAAAUGUCAAGAGGAGCUAAAAGAACUCAUUCCUUUUUAUUAUUUUUUUCUGCAUAAUUUCCUCUUCACUGUUUCUCACUACAGGAAGUGUUUUCUGCAGCAGGCUGGAGAUGUUACAUUUUAAGAAGCGUGUGCCAUCAACACUGCACUUAGCUUUAAUGUGCACUUGUGGCAAGUUUAAGGCACCGUUCCUUUAUAAAUUCCUGCUUGACUAUUUUGUCUUUAACCUUUAUCAUUUUAUUGUCAAUAGUAGACUUACUAGCUGUUCUAGGUGUUUCCCCUGAGUCAUCAACCCCUCACUUGUUCACAUCUUCCCAUAUUGUGAAGUGGGUGUAUUACAGCUACAGAAUGGAGUAGAGCUUUUACAGCUGUGUUGCAUACAAGCUAGUUUCCAACUCUGAAUAAUCAAUAACUCUGCUGCUCUUUAGGAUGGCUUUUAGGCAAGUUUGAAACCUGUUGGGACUAACCAAACUUAAGACCAGCCGAAGGGAAACAUACGCAAACUUUGGCCCCACAGGAAUGGCACAAACAAUGUUGAAUGUUUUAGAACAGACCAUCUGUUCAUCUCGACAGUCAAUUCAGUUAAAUAUUGUGUGGAAUUGUGCAUGAUCCUCAAUCCUUCUGCCAUCCCAGCUGGGCUGCAAAGAAAUUACAAAUAACCUCACAGAUCUAGUCAUUUGCAGGUGGGAUCCUAUCUUCAUACUAAAGCAGUGCUUUUUUUAAUAACAUCAGAUGUGUCUCCCUAUCUCUCUGGACUCCAUAUUUCAUGUACUUGUUUAUUUCUGGACUUCUCACCAAUGGAUUGACAGGUUCAGAACUGCAGCAUGUGUUUGCAUGCUUUAGUGUGCUUGUACUAGAAGGCCUGGUUUUCAGUUCACUCUAUGGACCCCACCAACUACAAUGUCUGACUUUUCCAUAAUUUUGUUGAUCAAUGAAAUCCUGUUGCUCAGUCUUUUCAGAUGAAUCUGUGUGGGGGUGCAGGGGUUUCUCAAGUCUGUCUGCUAGUUGACAAGUUGCCUACUGAGUAGCUAAUGAUGAACAUGUGUGCUGCAGUAUCAGACAGUCUGCUGAUUUCUCUUUCUUAGCUAUUAUUGUUGAUUCUUCUCCCCCCUUUUUAAACCUGUAUGUAAACCCACUAGUAAAUCAGAUAAAGAAAAAAAGCAGAUUAAAUAGCAAUUGUCAUUGGCUGAAAUAAAAUUAAAAUUAACAAUA